AUGCCACCAACAUCGACACCAGCUGAUGACAUACCAGUAACAGUUUGUCAACAUGAUCGCGAAAGAAAAGACAAAAUAAAGUCUUACGCUGAUGACCACAACCUAGCUUCAUCGUCCGACGUGAAAAAGGGAGAUACGGUGCUUCUCCGUCAACCUCGGCAAACAAAAUUGUCGAGGACCUAUGAUCCGAAGCCGUACAUUGUCGAAGAAAAGAAAGGGCCCAGUGUGCUACUGAAACGACCCUUUGAACGACAGAUUAUGAGAAAUGCAAGUAUGAUACGUAAGAUUCCUGAUGGAAAAGACGUCGCGAAUACUAAGAAAAGAGGACUCCAAAAUUGCGGACAACAGGUCAGCGAAGAGAAGAAACAUGAAAAGCAGAACGAGGUCAGUAUAAGACCAAAACGGGCUAGACAGCCACCGGACUAUUACGGACAGUGCUGAUUGAACUUAACAAUAAUAUUCGUUUAUAUUAACUGAUUUCUUUAUAUUUAAUAGUCCAAUAAGACUGGUUGUGUUUCGUAAAUAUUAGACAAGUGCAUUGACACUAACUCCAGGUAAAAGGAGGGAUAUAGCGUCCUGUGACGUAAGUAGUAACGACAGGAACGCUGAGGACAUUAAUGAUGCUUGGGAGUAUUAUGG